AUGGAUAUUCCUGUGGCAGAAAACGUCUUGGGCACCCUUGGUGCGGUUUGUUGGUCUAUCCAGCUUUUACCCCAAAUCAUCAUCAAUCACAGAAGACACAACACUGAAGGCCUACAAGGGUCAAUGAUGCUCUUAUGGGCUGCGGCAGGGGUCCCUCUCGGGGUGUACAACAUCGUGGAAGAGUUCAAUGUGGCUUUAAGGAUACAGCCUCAGAUACUUACAGCCUUGAGCCUUGUCACAUGGUCCCAGUGUCUUUACUACGGAAAGAAAUAUUCUGUCACAAAGUGCAUUGCCACGGUCGUUCCUCUCCUUCUUAUAUUUGGUGGCAUCGAAACGGGGUUGAUAUAUGCGUUGAGAGAAGCUAAAUCCCACGAUCUAAGGUGGCCUCUCAUCCUGAUGGCUGUCUUAAGCGCAUGCCUGCUUGCAGCAGGAGUAUUGAGGCAUUACUGGGACAUUUAUGUCCACCGAACAGUGCGAGGGAUCAGUUUCUUUUUCGUUGGCAUCGACGCCGCCGGCGAUUUAUUUUCGCUCGUAUCCGUCUGUGAGUUAGAGUGA